UCUGCAAAGUGAGCCACUUUCAAGAUAAAAUUUUACGCAAAAAUCCACUUAAAAAUAUAAAUUUCGGGCUCGAAUUACGACCUUUUAUGCAAUUUUUUUUUCAAUUUUUAGAUUGAUGCGGACCUGCCUCUAAUGACGCCAUCCACCACAAAAAAACACAAGACAAUAACAUUUUUUUCUAGUUAUAUUUAUUUAUUUUAAAUAAAAUUUUGUGUUUACAUUUGUCGCCUAAAUCGCGGAUGUUUUAUGGUGUUUCUUUAAUAAAUUAUUUGCUUAAUUAUCUUGUCUAAUUAAACCCCGAUUGGUCCAAAAAAUGAUGGGAAAACAGUUUUUUAAAUAAUUUAUUGAACUAUGUUUAAUGUUUUAUUAUUAUUAUAUUACACUAAAAAUUGUUUAACGAGUAUACCAUAAUUUUUAAUGAAAAAUUCACUAUAUGUUAUUCCACAAUAAUUUAACACAAAUUGUAGCACUACUUUUUUCGAAAAUAAAAAAUUCCAAAAAUUAAGCUUUGUUUAGUGUGACAUUUUAGUAACUAGAUUUUGCGCAAGUCAACUGACAUGUUUAGUACCACUGUAUUGACUUUUCUUGACAGUAUACUCGCCUAAAGGUGGCGUUUUGUUGCAAACACGUGACUCUUGACCAAUUAUGUCUCUUGUCAGAGGUAACAAAAAUUUCGCUAAAAUAAAUAAAUUCUACUAAAAUAGUUGUUUGUUAAGUGUUUCAUGUUUGUGGCUUUCAGUUAAAGAAUUAUUUGAGAGGAAUAUCAAAAGAUAAUUUGGAGAUUUUCUCCAAUAUUUGUCUGGUGGACUGUGUAAUCGGGUUGCAUAAGCAAGAUGUUUCAGGUUGACAAAUUUUUGUGCCUGUUUUCUAAAAACCACAUUUUAAAAAUGAUUUUCAAAUUAUUCUUCUUUUAAAAAAAUAAAAGAACAUAAAUAAAAAAAUUGUUGUACAACGUGCUUUAAAAAAAAUAAAAAAAUUUGUGUUUUUUCGAAUUAUUUCGGCUAAAAAACAAGCUAAAUCGAAGGGAAACAGUAAAGUUUUUAGCAAAACUUUGGGGAAGAAGAUCUUUAAACAUUCUAACAAGGCAAAAAUUGUCAAAUUUUUUUACCUAAUUUGGUAAAUUCUCAGCUUGUUUUCAAUUUGAGAAAUAAUUGCAUUUCUUGAUGAAAAAAGUGCUAAAAUUACAAGUCGAAAAAAGCCAAAAAUAAUGUAAUUAUAGAUUCAGUUUGGUGAUUUUCCAAAAAAGCUCGCAAAAACUUAGAUCUUCAAAGGUCAAAAAGCAUGAUUUUCAACCAAAUUUCGUGUUUUUUCGAAUAAUUUCGCUCAAGAACGAAACAAGCACAUUGUUUAUUUUGUUAAUAAAAAGCUAAACUAGAAAUUUUUUGGUGCUUAUAAAGCUGGAAACACCCUAUAUUGUACCGAACAAUGUAUCUAAUGAAUGGAAGUAAUUCGAGUUAAAAAUGUUCAUUAAUUGGUUUAUUUCAUGCUUUCAAGUGGCUUUUAAAAUUGGUUAGGAAACUUUCUCGAAUAUAGCCAGAAAACAUUUUAUUUAACAAAAAUUCAGAAAAAAAUUCGUAAAUAUUUUUUUUCCAAAAAUUCAGUUUGAAAGAGAAACCCAACACCUAAUAACAAUGCUAACACACCUGUUGGUUAGCACUCGAGGUGAUUAGUCCAGUGUCAAUGCUAAAAAUCAAUAUUUACCCUUAAAGUACACAAAUUUGGAACGUUGCUCACUUUGCUGAUUAUAUCAUUCAUUCAAACACAAAAGAAAGUCAUGAUCAUAUCUCGCGAAAAAUCGGCAUUUAAAAAAAAUAUUGGGUUUCAGUGGAUCAAAGGUUAACGUCGCGGUUCAAUAUGCAAAUAACCGGUGAUGUAACAACUUUUUGGAAGUUGUAUAUAAUUUUGGAAAAAGUUCGAGUCAAGCACCGAGUUUCGUCUUCGUCAUCGCGUUUCAUGUUGAAAUUGAUUACAUCGAUAAAGCAAGCAAGCAAGCAGCAAAAGUAGCAAAAUCAUCAACAGGAAACGAGUUUAAUUUCAACGACCGUCGUCUCUUUGACCAUUAACCCCUAUCACAUUGCGAAACGCUCGCUUUUCGAGGGUUUGCACUAACAACGAACGCAUAAUCUAAUCCCCGGUGUAAAAAUCGUCAAACUCGGCACUUUGGUUGUUUUGCAAUUGCAACAACUAGCGCUCGACUGAACCAAAAGGUGGAACAACUCAUUGGUUCUUCGAGAGCUCCACCAGAAGGAUCAGUUGAACUUGGGCGCUCAAAGUGAACGGUAACUGUGAUGGUGUUAUUGUAGCGGUACUCUGGCAAGUUUUUUAAAAGUUAUAUCUGUUACGCAAAUAUCGACCGGUGUGUUGUGAUAGACUUGCAUUUUUGGAUUUUAACUCUUGUCUCUUCAAGGAUUGCAAGGACACCGAGCGGCCUCCAAGACGCCCGCCUGUCUUAAGGUAGAGGCUCGUAACGAGAAAUCGCUCUAAUGGACACAAACUACAAGCCGUUCAAACGAUUCGAAACCGAAAUUAUUUGACUUUUUCAGACAUGUGAGCAGCUAGGGCGCCUAUGGAGGAGGAGGGCGAGCGCGGCCCCGAGGAGGGCUACCUCCUGGUCAGGAUCCACGUCCCGGAGCUCAACGUGCAGAAGUGCCUCCAGUUUCCUCGGGACCAACUCGUUUGGGACGUCAAACAGCAAUGUCUAGCCGCAUUACCCAAGGAACUGAAAGAAAGCUUCAAUUAUGGACUGUUUUGCCCUCCGGAGAACGGCAAGGCGGGAAAAUUCCUGGACGAAGAACGGAGAUUGGGCGAUUAUCCAUUCAGCGGACCUGUGGGCUAUCUCGAGUUAAAGUACAAACGGCGCGUCUACAAGAUGAUGGCCCUCGACGAGAAACAGCUAAAAAGUCUGCACACGCGCGCCAACCUUCGACGGUUCCUCGACUACGUCCACAACGGACAAGUGGAGAAAAUCACGAAAAUGUGCUCAAAAGGACUCGAUCCCAAUUUUCACUGCCAAGACUCAGGUGAAACACCCCUGACGCUCGCAACUGGCAUCAAAAAACCAUCAAAAGUCCUAAUUGCUUUGGUAAACGGUGGCGCCCUUCUGGACUACCGCACCAAAGACGGCUCAACUGCUAUGCACCGCUCCGUCGAACACAACAGUCUCGAAGCUAUGAAGACGCUCCUAGAACUAGGCGCAUCCCCAAACUACAAAGACGCCAAAGGCCUCACUCCCCUCUAUCUCACCAUCACGCACAAUGUCGAUCCCCAAUUCACUGAAACCCUUCUCCACGAUCACGCAACGACAGGAGCGCAGGAUUUGCAAGGAUGGCAAGAGGUGCACCAGGCGUGCAAGACGGGGAUGAUGCAUCACCUGGAGCACUUGCUGUUCUAUGGAGCGGACAUGAAUGCGAGAAACGCAUCUGGCAAUACACCAUUGCAUGUUUGCGCUGUUAAUAACCAGGAGUCUUGUGCCAGACAGUUGUUGUUUAGGGGAGCUGAUCGACAAGCUUUGAAUUAUGCUAAUCAGACGCCGUGUCAAGUCGCUGUUAUUGCUGGCAAUAUGGAAUUGGCGGAAAUCAUCCAGAAUUACAGACAGGAGGAUGUUGUCCCGUACCGCGGCCCACCCAGCUAUAAUCCGAAGCGUAGGUCAGCUCUGGGAUGGCUGAACAGAGCCCCAUCCAUGACCACCUUAGCCCUACCUCCAAGUCCCUGUCCCAGCGACCGCUCCUCGGCCCCUUUCAGUUCUGCAAGUUCCAGUCUAAGCGAUAGCAGCAGUGCGCCCCCAGGCCACGAAACAGACACUGCCAGCAUCGUCACAGUGCUUGCACUGGGUGUUGCAGAUAAGAGUCUCGGAGACACGAGUGAUAUCAUCAGCGAUAGCUCCGGAGUUGGGACAGCUAACUCGGACACCACCUAUUUGGCGACUCCCGGAACUAUGGUCGUCUGUAUCGAGGCGUACAGCACACAAGAGGAUGGACAUAUCAACAUCAGAGAGGGAGACAUCAUCGAAGUGACCGGGACUACGGACGAUGGUUUACUUGAAGGAACCACGCGAAGUGGUGGCAAUAAAAGCGGUUUGUUUCCAUCGCAUUGUGUGCAAGAGGUUCGUCUCAGACAUCACAACAUUCAAGCACCCAUGAUGGUAGCAAGAGACGCGAAAACCACCAAUGGGCGCGUUUUAGGCCGGCGUGAAAACACCACCAAACAUUUCGCCACGGCACCACGACUGAAAAAAAGUUAUGGAGAGUCUGAGCCCCGCACUGUCGUCCUGCACCGCGGCCGCAAAGGCUUCGGCUUCAUCCUCCGCGGAGCAAAAGCCACCUCGCCUCUGAUGGAACUAACCCCAAGUGAUAAAUGCCCCGCUUUGCAGUAUUUAGACGACGUGGAUCCUGGCGGAGUCGCCGAUCGAGCCGGCUUGAAAAAAGGCGAUUUUCUCCUCGAAAUCAACAACGAGGACGUUUCAUCGGCCUCACACGAACACGUUGUAGAUUUGAUCCGGAAAUCCGGUGAUUUAGUCCAAAUGACAGUGAUGAGUUUAGCCCCCAUUACCACACUCCCAAUGAGCAAAUCAACAAUUUUGCCCGGCCCUAGCGAGGUGCCCCUCAGCCGGCAAUACGCCACCCUACCCCGCAAAAUGGGCCAAGCGCCACUACCCCCGCGUCGCGACCCCAAAACCACCCUCAGCGUGGGCAGAGCGCGCGCCAAAAGCAUGGUCGCAGGCCUCGAAAUAGGAGAAAAAGAAGAGACUGAAGAUAUCGCAAAAUCAAGCUCAGCUGAGUCAAUUUCAACACCGGUUCAACUCAGGACGGCUUCGAUCCGACAACGACCAACCUCAAAUCGGAUCACUUCGGCCGAACUUGAGGAGCUGUUCCAAAGGCAAAAAACCGACGAUAAAUCCAAACAUUUAAUGAGCAGUUCGCGGUUUCAAGACACUCCGUCUUCACCGGCUAAAACUCGGGUCUAUGCCAGCGUUGCCGAAAUGAAACGAAGUAAAAACAAGUCAAAAGUGCGCUUCUCUACACUUUAUAGUAGUGGUGAAUUACAUCGCGAUUUUCACUCGACUCCGGAUUUAGCGCAAGAAGUUGCGGCGUCUCAUUUGAGUAAAAACCACCGAAGUCAGGAGGAUUUAGCGAGGGCGUUGCCGCCCCCAACACAUCCACCGCCACCGCCGCCACCAAUCGUGCAAGUCGUGAAGGUGGAAGUGUCGCGGGGGCAGUCCGACUACGACUCUCUCAGCAAAGAAAUUGAACUGGAAGAAAACGUGGUUUCGUCGUUCAAACCCACAGCAAACGCCAAACUUUACGCCUCGCCUGAAGACAUGAAGACAGUUGGGUACAGAUCGAAAAGUCUACCAUCGCAUUCUUCGCGUCCCCACGUCCGAAAAUCGCACAGUAUGCGAACGAAUUAUUCCACUUUUAAACCAACAGUUGUGUCUUCACCGUCAAAUCCUUACGCUCAACCGAUGAGAGCGUCAAGAUCGCAUAGUUCAGCAGGAACGAGAGAACGCAGACGAAAACUUAGUUCAAGUAAAUCAAUGGUGAUGGUGCAAGGAAACGCUGCACCGCCAAUCCCAGAACCCGAUUACAGUUGUAGCGAAUCAGAACGCGAAAGCGAAGAAGAGUUAAAAGAACACAUUGUGGGACCUAGACCAGUCGAAAACAGCGGGAAUAGUAACACCAGUGGCAGCAGUUCGGGCAGCAGUUCAAUGCCGCACAGUUUCAGCGUUGAAGAAAUCCAAAAAGGCAAAUCGCUCCUGAAAUCUUCAAAGUCUUACCCUGAAGACUUUUUGAAGAAGCAGAACGAAGUGGCCACAAUGGAAGACGGCGAUAACAGUUCAUCGGGUGUGAGCUCGGACCAGGAAGUACCAACAGGUGGUGAAACAAUCGUGCAAGAACACAACAGUAUGACAUUGCCUUCACCGAAAACCCCCAGACAACACACAGGUUUGUUAUCGCGACACGCCGUCUCCUUGGCCCAGCUGCCGCCCCCGCUGGAAGGCGACAGCGACGAAAAAGACGAGUUUUGCCUGCCGCCCCCGCCCGAGUUCGGUGGUGGUGGCGGCGGCGGCGGCGGUGGCAACAACUGUGCGGAGGCGGUUUUAGCGCCGCCGCCCCAAUUCAGUGAUAACCGACAAGUGACUAGGGUACGAAUUGUUGGCACUGUGCCCAAAGGGGCGCCCAAAAAGCAGGGCCGGCUUCACAGUCAGUGAUGAUUUUGAUAUAAUUUUCUAACUCGUAGGGUAAUAGCUAGAGCGAAAUAAUUCCGUCAUUUUCCAUAAAUUUCAACUCAUCCUGCCAAAAUGUUCAUAAAGUCGAUGAUAUUUUUGAAAAUCGCUAAUGUUGUUUGUACUGUGGUAUUUUUUUCCAAAUUUUUAUCAUGUUGUCUGUCUGUAUUUAGUGGCCUAAGUCUUGUGUAUUAUUUCGUGUAAAUUCUGCUCAAUUAAUCAAUUGCCUAAUGUAAAUAGUUUGCGGUUUUCAAGGGGGAACAGUUUUUGUAUGAUCUUGGUUUUGUACAUUAACUGUCUUUUUUAUUUCAACUAUCUUUUGGUAGUUUUAAUAAAAAUUUGCACAAACGUGUGCCAUAGCUAAUAAUCACAUCAUUUCAAAGUAUACGUAAACACUCGAUUAUUACUAUUCAUCCAAGUGCUGUAUUUACUAUUUAUUUCCCUUGAGUAGUAAUAAUCUCAAACAAUAGUUGUGUUAUGUAUUGUUUACGUCCCGAAUCUCAUUACUAAAUAACUAUUUUAUCCCAACAAAAAUGUAAAAGAAUAUUAUUACUAUUAGUAAUAAUGAGCAUAUUAUAAACAGUAGUGUAAUAAAUAGGAGUUAUUAUAGUAAUAACACCUUUUACAUUUUGUGAUUUUAAUCUCCUUACGAUAUUAUGUUUUGUUAAAAAAUACUAAAAACAUGUAGUCAUCACAACUCAAUGUAUCCACCACCAUGUUAAGCAAUCUUUUUUUGUGUGAUAUUUAAAUAAACAUUUUCACACUGAUGGACCUAUUACUACACAUCACCACAAAUCAAUUUUUCAAAGGCUCAUCGUGUGAUGAAAAUUAUUAUUAAUUGUUUCAUUUCCUUUCAUGUACUGUUGCUAAUAUGAAAUAAAUCCUUUUUUUUUUCGUUACGAAAAUGCUUAUUAGGCAAUCCUACCACUGCAUGUAGAGAUGUAAAAAUGAUUGUUUUUGCACUUUCAAUACGCAACCAUCAAAUGUGUUAUGAAAAUAUAACUUUUUUGUACAUAUUUAAUAAUAAAUUUAUGAUAAGAUUAAA